AUGGUCUGCUUGGGUGCCCCGCUGCUGCUCCUGGCCAUGACUCUGGGGUCACCAGCUGUCCAAUCUGGACAGAGUCAGGCUAGUGGGGAGUCUGGGCACCAACUAGACAGAGAGACUGGAGCAGCAGAGUCAGUCCUGGUCUCCGUCUACAUACAUCUGGACUUUUCAAACAAGAUCUGGCCACCAGCACUCUCUGGAACCCUGACUCUCCCCACUGCCUCUGCUUCCUCUUCCUCAAGAACUCUUACAGGCCUCAACCUCACGACAGAGUGUAAUGCCAACCAAGAUGGGCAUGUCUACUGUGAGUGCCUCUCUGGGUACCAGUGGAAUGCCAGCAUCUGCUCACAUCACCGUCCCUGCCGACCCACCCCCAGCCACCAGCCUUGUAGCUGUCUUGUCUUCAGCCAUCCUGAGCCUGGGUACUGCCAGUUGCUGCCACCUGUCCCUGGGACCCUGAGCCUGAACUGGCUGCAGAUCCCUGGCAACACACUGAACCUGACCCUGCUCGUGAGCCAUGAGGUCACCCAUCUGAGCUGGUUCCUGUGGCGUACAGGGAGCCCCCAACCCAUCAUCCUGCAGCCGGGGACACAGGUGUCCCUCUCCUCUAGCCUGGGCCAGGCUGCCCUCAGCAUCCUCAACAUGUCCCAGCCCUGGGCAGGUGAGUACAGUUGCUCCUUUGAGGCCCAAGGCUUCAGGUGGUCACUGCACCAGGAGGUGAGGGUGCCCUUGCAGGUGACAGACGUGGCUCGACUUCCAGAUCAGCUCUCCAUCUCCUGCACCACCUCCCCUGGCUUCCAGCUGAGCUGCUGCCUCCCCGAGAGCACACACCUGGCCUACACUGCUUCCUGGAGCCCCGGGGAGGGCAGCCACGCCUCCGUAUUCAGCGUGUCUGGUUCCCACUGCUUCGUGCUGGCAACUCGGAGCUGUCCCCCAGGGGAUACCACAUAUACCUGUGAGCUGCAGAGCCCGGAACUGGCCCCUCUCAGGAUCCCCAUCUCCGUCACCAUCAUCCAGGAUGGAGACAUCACCUGCCCUGAGGACCACUCAGCUGUUGCCUGGAAUGUCACCAAGGCCGGCCACGUGGCACAGGCCCCAUGUCCCAUAAACAGAAUGGGAGUGGUAACGAGGCCCUGCGGGCCCAAUGGUGUUUGGGGGCCCACCCACAGCAGCUGCACAGACACAGGGCUCCUGGCUGGGCUUCAGAGAACCCAGCUGCUGCAGGCAGGCCAGGGCUGGCCAGCUGAUGAGGUACCCUGGAUCCUGGCCCAGCUGCCAGGGCAGGUGGCAAGGGUGAGCUCAGCCUCCGACCUGUUGGCACUGCUGGAUACUGUGAGGUUCCUGGCCGAGGUGGUGACAGAGGCCAGAAUGCAGCUUGACCGCAGUGCCCUACAGAACCUCCUGAGAACCAUAGACAAGGUUCUAGACUUGGACACCAGUUCUUUGUGGAUGCCAGCCUGCUCCCAGGAGCCCAUGACAGCCUCAGCUCUCCUGCUGGCUGUGGAGAACCUGACCCGCACCCUGCGCCCACAGGAUCACCCCUUCUCCUUCAGCUCUUCCAAUGUGCAGCUGCAGACCCAGCUCCUCAGCCCCACGUUUCCUGGUGACUACAGAAUCUCCCUCUCCACCCAGCCCCGACUGCAGGUACAUAUUCCCAGGUAUUCACUGGCCCCGCUGGUCCAUCAUGGAACUGACGUGCAUAUUACCAGCCUGUUGCUGUGCAAAAUGGACCACCUUCUACCCUCCAACUACGGACCGGGGCUGGGAGGCUCCCUGUAUGCCACUCCUGGCCUGGUCCUCUCCAUCACCAUGAUGGUAGGUGGUCAGCCCUUUAACCAGGGACAAGUCACCAUGGACUUUGGGGCCAGAGAGGGCACCCCCCACUGUGUUUUCUGGGACCACGACCUCUUCCAAGGCAGUGGGGGCUGGUCGGAUGAAGGGUGCCAGGCCCAGAAAGGCAGGGCCCGCCCCUCCGUUCACUGUCUCUGUGGGCAUCUCACUGCCUUCUCUGUCCUCAUGUCACGACAUCCUGCUCCAGACAGCCUUAGCCUGGAGCUGCUGAGCCAGGUGGGCUUGGGGGCCUCCAUCCUGGCCCUGCUUGUGUGCCUGGGCGUGUACAGCCUGGUUUGGAGAGUUGUGAUACGGAACAAAGUCGCCUACUUCCGCCACCUGGCCCUGAUCAACAUGGUGCUCUGCCUGCUGGCCGCAGACACCUGCUUCCUGGGAGCCCCACUGCUUCCUCCAGGGCCCCACAGCCCCCUCUGCCUGGCUGCUGCCUUCCUCUGCCACUUCCUCUACCUGGCCUCCUUUUGCUGGAUGCUGGCGCAGGCCCUGGUGUUGGCUCACCAGCUGUUCUUUGUCUUCCAUCAGCUAUCCAAGCACCGGGUACUCCCCCUGAUGGUGCUCCUCGGCUACCUGUGCCCACUGGGAUUUGCGGGUGUCACCUUGGGCCUCUACCUACCCCAGGGGCAGUACCUGGGGGAGGGAGCCUGCUGGCUGAAUGGCAAGGGAGGGGCGCUCUACUCCUUCGUGGGGCCAGUGCUGGCCAUCGUGGGGGUGAAUGGGCUGGUACUAACCGUAGUUGUGCUGAAGUUGCUGAGACCGUCACUGUCAGAAGGGCCCCAGGUGGAGAAGCUCCAAGCCCUUCUCGGGGUUUUCAAAGCCUUGCUCUUUCUCACGCCUGUCUUCGGCCUCACCUGGGGGCUGGGCCUGGCCACUCUGUUAGAGGAAGUCUCCGUGGUCCCUCACUACGUCUUCACCAUUCUCAACUCCUCCCAGGGUGUCUUCAUCUUACUGUUUGGUUGCCUCACAGACAAGAAGGUCCGAGAGGCUUUGCUCAGACGCUUCCGCCGCACCCUACCCCCCAACUCCGCCAUCUCCCUGGCCACAAAUGAAACCUCUGUCUUGGAACACAGCAAACAAAGAAGUGAAAAUGCCAGUUACGAAGAAAAGACAACUUAAUUGACAGGAACUGUGAUUUUCCAGACACUGGAGGCAAAGUUUGUUUCUUGUCCAAGUCUAGGAAAAAGUGAAGUUAAUAUGUUCCUCUUUAAUCUUAAAAAAUAUAUUAAAAUAAAAUGUAAGUUUUGUAGCCAUAUGCCUGUAUACAGAGGCUCUGAUAUGAACACAUUCGCAAGAAUGUGUUUUAAAAUUCCAAAGCAGAGAGAAAUGUACCACGGACUGCCAAGGAUUAAGGGAAAAGUUUUCAAACACCAAAAAUUAAAAGCAACAGGAUCAAGCUAGGACUAACUAUAAAGAAUACAGACUUAAGGAAAGCCUAUAGAGGACACCAAGAUGUCUGGCUGAAUUAACUCAUGGAAUUCCAAAGAAGAGAUGACAGGAUUGUGAAAAUUUUUAAACAAAAUAAAUGAAAAGUUCUCAUGAAGCAGUCUGUUAAAAAUUCUUUGAUACUUUUUAUAAAAUGGAAUGGGGAAAUUUUCUGUUAAAAUAAAACUGAAUAUGCUACCACAUACCAUUGAAAAUAUAUUUUUACAAACAUCAUACCUUCA